CUUUUGACAUUGACGUUUCGGAAUUCAAAAUUCUAACCACACUUAUUUUUCAAAAUGACUGAUAUUACAAUUUACAAUUUCAAAGACAAAUUUAAUGAAAUAAAAACGUCUUUGGAGGAGGCGAAGUUUGUUUCGAUAGAUUUGGAAUUUAGCGCUUUACAUCCUUUCAAGAAUCAAUCACCGAGCUUAUUUGAUACACCGAAGGAAAGGUAUGAAAAACUACGAAAAAACGUGCAAUUGACUAUUCCUCUUCAAAUUGGUAUUACGGCGUUUUCGUUUGCUCCCGAUACAGGUAUUUAUGUAGGAACUGUGUACAAUUUUUAUUUGAUUCCCGCUUCGUUCCCCUUCAUUCAGAAGAAUUUUUUAUUUCAAUCUGAUACAUUGGAAUUUUUGAAUUUCUAUGGAUUCGACUUCAACAAGUGUUUAUCAUCUGGAGUCCCUUACAUUAACAAAGAUCACGAAAAUGAAUUACGAUGUAGGUUUAAAAAUAAUGAAAUUACCGAAGUGCAGUUAAUGUUUAAUAUUGAUUUAGAGAAUGAAUUGACUAGCCACUCGGAAGAUAUUAAAAAAUGGCUAAGUACUGCUCAAAAUGGUGAUAUAUUUAUUUUACCUAAACUACUCGAAAAAUAUGAACACAAUUACCAAGUUAUGUAUUACUUGCAUAAGAAUUGUAGAAGACGUUUUAAAUGUACUUGGACAUACGUAGAAAAUAAACAGUUUGUUAUAAAGAAGGUAUCGAAUGGUGAAUUCGAAAAAUUGAAUAUACUGCAGAAUAUAGAUGAAGAAAUCAUAGACAACCUCUUAGGUUUCACUAAAGUAUUUUCGCCUGUUAACGUCAUUACAGAAACCUCUAGUAGGUCACAACCUAAUGCAAGAUAUACUAAUAUUAACUGAAAAUUUCGAGACUGCUCUACCUGCAUCGUACAACAAAUUUAAAAAGCUAAUUACCACGUUAUUUCCAAAAAUAUACGACACAAAAACCAUAUCUUACGAACUGAAGCACUCUGUACCUGAGGAAAAACGCUGGAACGACAGAAGUUUAUCGCACAUGUUUGAAUACUUCAAAAAUGGCACCGGGAGACAUCUUGCUUUAAAUUCACCAGCAAUUGAAAUUAAAAACUGCACCAAUCAAGGGAAAUACCACGAAGCUGGUUGGGACUCGUUCUGUACGGGCUACAUAUUCAUAAGAAUGGCUUAUUUCAACGUCUAUCAUAAAUUUCCAAAAUCGAAAACCUUCAUGAGCGCCGAACUUAUAGCAGGACUUUCAGAUUUUCAAAAUAGGGUGAACGUUAUCAGAGGAGCAGUUUCGAAUAUUAAAUUGGAUGGGGUUGAUCCGGCUUCGACGAGGCCUCCUUACUUAGUCGUAGAAUCUGCGAAAAACCGCUCAUUAAAUAUACCAGAAGUGUCUUCGAUUCUGAGUUCGUACGGCUUCGUCGAGAUCAGAAAGUUUCCUUUCCAAAGCCGCAGAGCUUUAAUAGCGGUGGACAAUUUCGGAAGGUAA